AAAGUAAACAUAGUUAUUAUACUCAUGGUAAAUAGGGGGUGGGGUACAUUCCAUACAGCCCAGUGCCCAUGGUGCCCCUAGAUGACAUCCUCCCACUGGAGACAAAUGAAGGGAGGCAGACACUCCUCACCAUAUUGCUCCCGGUAUGAGCCACGUACAUGAACAAUAGAAAGUGGAAGCAUCGACCCUGCCUCACAUACCCGCAGGAAAACACACACACCCAGGAACUAUCCGUCAACGUCAGAGUGGGCGUUGUCGGGGGCUGGUCAACACCACGGCCAAUCACUAACUAGACUCCGCCCCACUGUCCAUAUUUUGGAGCGCAGCCACCACUGGUUGGCCGGGCCAUGAGUGACGUCAGUGAGGCCUCCCUCUUAGCCCGGCUUCGCCAGUGACAAUAACGCAACGAGAAAUCGGUUCGGUUGCCGGGAAUGUCCCGGUGCUGGGUGCCGCAGGGAUGAUGAUGGCUAAAGCGCUGUCCAUGCGCCUGGCGCACGCUGCCGCCGCCGCGGUGAAGCAGGAGCCGGACGAUGACUCGGAUAUGGACGAGCCCAACUUACUGCUCAAGAAGCUGGACAGCACCGAGGCGCAGAUUAUCCACAGCGGCCACUUCAUGGUGUCCUCCCCGCACAGCGAGCACCCGCCCAAGAAAGGCUACGACUUCGACACGGUGAACGAGAAGGCCUGCCAGACGUACAGCUUCGGCAAGACCAGCACAUGCCAUCUGUCAAUAGACGCGUCCCUCACCAAGCUGCUGGAGUGCAUGACCCUGGCGUACAGUGGAAAGCUGGUUUCUCCAAAAUGGAAGAACUUUAAAGGCUUAAAGCUUCAGUGGAGAGAUAAAAUCCGUCUAAACAAUGCAAUUUGGCGUGCUUGGUACAUGCAGUAUAUAGAGAGAAGACAGAACCCAGUAUGCCAUUUUGUGACCCCAUUGGACGCAUCUGUAGAUUUUGACGAGCAUAAAAGACCUGAGGCCAUUGCAACAGAGGGAAAGUAUUGGAAAAGAAGAAUAGAGAUAGUGGUGAGAGAGUAUCACAAGUGGAGGACCUACUUCAAGAAAAGGUUACAAAAGCACAAAGAUGAAGAUCUCUCCAGUCUGGUCAAAGAUGAUGAUGUUGUUCUUUGGCAUACCAUUGUGGAUGGCAGAGAAUCUCCAGUGCCGAUGGAAGAGGAGCCUCUUCUGGACAUGGAGAUGCUUAUGGCAGAAUUCAGUGACACUUUAUUUUCUACUAUUUAUUCUCAUCAGCACAACCCAAAAGAGAUUGCACAUGCAGGGAAUGCAGAUAUGAUCCAACCAGAACUUUUUCCACUGCAGCCCAACUUAGACCUAAUGGAUACAUUUGAAUCCUUUCCAGAUAUUUUCUCUUCCAAAGUACUGUCAUCUACUUCGUUUAGUUCUUCCUCUUCUUCUUCUGUGCCUGCCGUUCCACUGCCUGACCCUGUUCUGCGUUCCUGUAAUCCCACGUUGGCGCCUCCUAUUUUGCCAUCAAGCUCCCUUGCACCAGUGAAUCUUGAUGAAGAGUUAAUCCCGUCCCCAGGCCCUCCUUCCAUCCUCCCUAGAGUUCCUGAAGGGAGAAGGGAGCGAGCAUCCAGUCUAGGCUGCAUCUCUACUGUCCAGGGGCCAGUCAAGUUUAACUCUGAGACUGCUAUCAGCAGCCAGCAUGGCUUCGUACCAGUUUUCCCCCCUCCAGUGACGAUCUUCCAUACCCCUUCAGCUCCACCAGCCGUGCCUCCAAAUCCUCACCUGGCAUCCCAGCCUUCCUUUGUUACCCCGGACAAUGAGAAGUUCCCAGUGUGUAACUCCUCAGUUAUCACGCACACAGCCUCGGCUACACUUACCCAUAAUCCUUCUGCAACUACCUUCAGCCAGAGCCAGAACCUCAUUCUUGCAACUCAACAACAAGUGCCUUGUAACAUUUCACUGCAACCUGCAGGGGUUGCUCAGCAAAAUGCCCCUCAUUCGAAUACAUACUUUACUAUCUCCAACUCUGGAGCCAAGAAAAAGCAGCCUCAGAAAAUCGUGCCUGCCCCCCAGCCAGAGACUGUGUCCUUGCUAUUUACUCCUGCACAUUUUUCAGGUCAGACACAAGCUGUAAUCGUAUCUCCCGCACCGAGGAUUACACAGUCUAAUGUUGUCAUCGCACCAGCUGGACUCGCAGGAGCCUCUGGAAUGACAGAGUUUCAUCGGAGUAUUCUUGUUGGACCAACUAAGCAAUCUCAGGGCAGCCCGAAGACCCAAUCUGCUGUUUCUCGAAUCUUUCCAAGUCCAACUCAAGAUAACCUGGUGAAGAGAGAGAUGACCCCCUCACACAGCUGCAGCUCUGUGCCGUCUCCUUCAUCCUGCCGAGACUGUCAGAAUUCAAGGCAAGGAUCACCGUGUGCAUCUGAACACAGCCUUAGCCCACCACAUAGCUCAGGAAAAAACACAGCGGACCGUCAAAGCUCUGCACUCAAGACUCAAAGAUUGAAGCAUAUUUCUGCAGAACAGAAGAGGAGGUUUAAUAUAAAACUUGCCUUCAACACGCUCAACAGCUUUGUGUCCUCGAGCAACAGACCGAUCAGCCAUGCGAUUACCCUACAGAAGACAGUGGAGUAUAUUGCCAAACUUCAGCAAGAACGAGCCCAAGUGUUAGAAGAAACCAGACGACUCAGGGAAGAGGUGGAAGAGUUGCAUCAUGCCAUCAGUUCCUGUCAAGAACAGCUUCCAGCUACUGGGGUACCGGUCACUCCUCAGAGGGUUGAUCACACAAGGGAUCUGUUUGACAAGUAUGUGAAAAGCAGAACACUGGAAAACUGGAAGUUCUGGAUUUUUACGAUCAUUAUUAAACCAUUGUUUGACUCUUUCAAUGACAUGGUAUCGACAACCAGCCUUGAGGAGUUACACAGUACAACCCUAGAAUGGCUAGAUCUACACUGCUCCCUCCCGGCUUUGAGGCCCAUGGUGCUAAAGACCCUGCGUUAUCUGAGCACGACAACGUCCAUCUUAUCUGAUCCAUUAAGUUUGCCAGAGCAGGCCAAGCAGGCAGUCACAAAGAACAAUAAGACUUGAUAACUGAUGAACUGAUCCAUACGUGGAGACAAAAGCUUGUGCUGUUACCCGGCAUUGCUCUGUGAGACGUCUUUCAACACUCCGCCUGAACAUCCGCGCUGAAGGAAUUAGUGAUUGGUCAUCAAACGCAUUCAGGGAAUCCCUGUCUUAGUGAUUUUGCUUGGCAACUGUUCUUCAAAGUGCAGAAACCUUCUACACUGAGCACUACAACAAAGAGGAACUGAUGCCACCAUUUCAGAAACAGUCAAAGGGAAAGCCGUUUUUGUGAUGUAAUUGAUAAAGGUUUUUUUGUUUUCUCUAAACCCUUACAGCCUCCAUAAUUGAAGUGUUUUUAUUAUCGAACGCUUUAGCAGCUGUACUAUAGUCACGUGUUAGUGAUGAAAGGAGAACUCCCACAAGUUCUAUAUAAAAGCAUGUAUAAAAAUGGACAAUAGAUAUGUUGCCAGAUGAAUUAGACUUGGGGCAGGGUCCCACAGGGUAGUUCACGCUGCAUCGAUUGCAGUCACUGAGGGACUGCAGAGAGAGCUUUCGGCUGCGACUGGGUAGCUCUGUGUGUCUGCUCGUAGCAGACCCUCUGUGACUGCUGUUGCGCAUCCGCAGCGUGAAGUACGCUGCCGAUGCACCCUGUGUGACCCUGCCCUAAAAUGGGAUCUGCCAUCAAUCUAAACUAUUCUAAUGUCUAUAGCACAUGUACAGACAUAGGCAUCGCUCUGUCAUCUGGUUUGGCCAUUCAAGAUUUAUGGCUGUCUGGACGUUACUUCAGAUGAUGGCAGUGUAAUACCUAUAGCCAUCUGUAUUCCAUGCCUAGUUAUUAGAGGGUGAAGCUCCAAGCUACCACCAGUGACUAGAACAUCUGUUCUUGCAUUGUAAUGUGUUAGUUCAGUGUCCUAAUGGGGCCACUGGACCUCAUAGCAUCCAACAGGCCUUAUUUUUAUUGUCUUAUUCGCUUAUAAUGCUCAUUACUUGCUAUGAGAUCCAGUGUCCUUUUGAUAACACAUACCUGACAAAAAGCAGGCAAAUAAGUACUGUCGCAGGGAAAUCAAACCAGAUGUUCUUCAUGUAUUGUAACUUGGCAGAGAAAUAAAUGAAUAGAUGAGACUUUUAUAUAGAGUUUGUUGGUGUUUUACAUUACUGCUAUUCAGUUAAAGGGGUACUCCGGCGCUAAGACAUCUUAUCCCCUAUCCAAAGGAUAGGGGAUAAGAUGCCUGAUCGUGGGGGUCCCGCUGCUGGGGACCCCCGUGAUCUUCCACGCCGCACCCCGUUAGAAUCAGCCCCCAGGCGUGCUCGCUCCGGGU